GUAUUCCGAGCUUAAUUCUCGCGCACGUCACUUUCGGAAAAUGCAAUCGCGCUGAAAACGCGAUGACGUAAACGGUUUUGUUGCGGCAACUUCUCGUGAAAUUGCUUCCUUCCUACGUGUCACUUUGUGUGUGUGCGUGUGCAAAGUGUGUGUCGAGAUCGAGACUACAUCGCUGCAAGUCGCGGUCAAGGAAAAUGGCUGAGGAACAGCCGACGUACAAACUGAUCUACUUCAAUGCACGGGGUCGUGCCGAACACAUUCGCUACAUAUUCGCUUACGCGGGCAUCGAUUACGUCGACGAGAGGAUCUCCAACGAUCGCUGGCCCGAGCUUAAAAAGGCGAUGCCUUACGGGAUGCUGCCAGUUCUGGAGAUGAACGGCAAACCGAUAGCCCAGAGCAACGCCGUGGCGCGUUACUUGGCCCGCGAGCACAAUCUUGCAGGCAAGGACGAAUGGGAAUCGAUGCUCUGCGACGUGCUGGUCGAUACUUUGGGAGACCUGAAACAAUUCAUCUUUCAGUAUCGCACGGAGGAGGAUCUCUUCAAGAAGGAGGAGAAGAAGGUGAAGCUUCUAAAGGAGACGAUACCGUUCUACCUGAACAAGUUCGAGCAGACCGUUGCCGAGAACAACGGUUACGCGGUUGGCUCCAUGACUACGUGGGCGGACUUCGUGUUCACGGUGGCGCUGGAAAACUUUGAGAACAUUUUCGGCGCGUCGGCUCUGGAGAAUUAUCCAGCGUUGCGCGCCUUGAAGAAACGAGUGCACGAGAUUCCCGCAAUCGCCGACUGGUUGGCCAGGCGACCGCAUUCGGAGUUUUGAAAGGUCGUCUCGAUCGACGACGACGACAGUCGGAAGAGGACAUCGGCAUCGCGAACAAGCACAUAUCCGCGCGUCUGUAGCUCACUGUCCUGCAUCGCUGUAACGGAAGGGAACGUCUCGCGCCUGUACGAUCGAUAUCAUACCCGUGGCAUACCAAGCGGCCGCUUUAAUCUAUCCUUUUUCAAUGCACUUUCCUCGCACCACGUAUUCGUGAUGCCUCGCGUAAAGUAGCGUCAAGUUUCCCGGCUGGAAAAUUUCGAACGGUUCGAGAGAGCAAUUCGGAUUUCCGGAAUCUGAGAACUUCCCUGGAAGAAAGUUUUACGGCGACGAUACUUGUCUCUGCACCAGGCCGAAUUGUAAUUGUGCAAAAACUUGCAGACUGUCACUGCUAUAUGGGUGUCUAGGUAUACGAACGAGGCUUAUUCAAUGUGUUCAUUGUCGCGCGUCGUGUUACUUAUGUUGUGCGCGAAACGAUACACCUCGCAAGAUGUAGUUUCUCUGUAUCCAUAGCGCGUCGUUACAUCAUCUUCACCCGGUUCGCAAGAUACACUAUCGGAUCGGAGCGUAGUACAUGACACGAUACACAGGGUAAUAUACGAGUAUCAAGAGCAGAAGAAUACUUUCAACAAUAUCGUGAGACACAUGUCGCCGCUAUUAUUUCUAUAUGUUACGCUGUAACACUUUUGAACAAACGCAUCAAACGGAACGCAGUCAAUUGAUGUCGCGCAAUAAAGAUUUUAAAAUCAUUUAUAAUAAUUAAUUAUAAUAAUUUUCUCGAGUAGAGACUUUGUCUUCGUAUAUGCGUAAAGAUGUAAUAAUUCGUACCGCACAUGUAAAAUAUACUUAAUAAUUGAUAUCAUGUUGAGGUACCGAACAACAAGAUCAAGAUGUGUUUGAUCGUGUUUGAAAGAAAGGUAACGGAUAGUCAAAUAACGUUGACACGGGUGAGGCAAUAAAUAACGCGGAUUUUUUAACGCGUUACUGCAGAAAAAGAUAAAAAGCUUUUUGUGCUUUGAUCGACGCCUCGUUGAAAAGAGACGUACGCGAGCACGACACAUAGUCAAUUGUGUAAUGAUCAAACGACAUCGGUAGCGCAAAGAAGGUACUUGUAUUCCAAGUACGAAUGUACAAUGUAUGUGCAAUGUUAUACGUAAUGUUAAGUGUAACGUUAAGUUUUCAAGUUACAAAUGAUGUAAGAUAAAUGUUAUUACGAUGUUAUAAGAGAUGGUAUGACUGAUGACGAUAAUAAUAAUGUGAUGAGAAUAUCAUGCAAAUGAAUAUC